AACAUCCGAGACCAUCUUGGCAAACACAGGACGUUGCCUUUGUUGACUGAGUCGAAGAAAAGAGCAAGAUGUCUACCGACGUGGAGGAUUUUAUCCAACAAAACCGAGCUCUGGCCGACCAGGUGGAGAAGUUUCGAGGUUACUGUGAGACUGAGAAACAGUGGCAGGCCCGGAGGGAGUUCAUCCUGCGGAACGUCAACGACUUCCAGAUCGAGGACGUGGACCAGCUGCUGUCCCUGUCCAUGGUGUGGGCUAACAACGUCUUCAUGGGCUGUCGGUAUAACACACAGCUUCUGGACAAAGUGAAGGAAAUGGCUGAAGGCAUCGAGGUGGUGGAUGCACCAGUCUUCAAGACAAGAGACGAGAUUAUGAAGAAGCAACAGGGUCGAUGACCGGCUCAGUCCCGCCUGGUUGUGUCGAAUCAAGACUGGACUCGGCUGUUAAUGUGCAGACAGGCUGUGCUUGUAACAAGUCAGACUCGAGUUCACAUGGGGUUUACAGUCCUACACUGUUUAUUACGGAUGUGAUGAGAGUGUAAACAUCAAAAAGCUUUUUUUAUUGAGAGCAGAAAGACUGUCACUCAGACUUUUAACACUUUAUUAUACAGAGGCGGUAAACAUGUUUUGUCAGUGUUGGAGCUUCAUUGCUCAUCCUUUUUUUUAAAAACCAUUUUACUUUUUUUAUUGAAGUGUACUCAUCGAUUUUAGUACUGUUUUUUUUAAUAAAUCUAGAUGAAUGAUGUCACUGGAUCUUGUCCAUGCCUCAAGCACAAUAAAGACCAUAUGUUUUCUUCUCA